CCCAACUCCUCUACCGUCAGUGCCAUCCUCACCCAAUACUCUUGCUACCCGUCUAGCUCAUAUGGACCUCCCACCGCCCUCCAGUGUCACAGCACUCGACUCCCCUUCCCGCUCAGGAGGAGCACAAGAAACGCCCGAAAGCGUGGCGGACAAGAUCUCCCGCCUGGACCUGCCCGAGCCGGAAGAGAUCCGCAACCAGGCAAAGGCGAAGAUUCAGACCAAAGGGACGGAGGAGGUCAAUAGGGAGAUCGCGAAGAUGAGUCUGCCGGAGCCUGAGUGGGCUCAUGCAACCGCAGCGAAUGGAAAGACUGUUGCUGGUGAGACCUCUGUGUCUGCGUCAGGCGCUGUACCACCCCCACAGCCUAUCCCAGUGCCGAGUGACGCACCUCAUGUCCCGGCACACGAGCAGGUCGUCACCCCCUGGGACGUGCAAGGCGGUGUGACAGAGGAUGGGAAGCAGCAGGCGAUCAACUACGACAAGCUUAUUGAUCAGUUUGGGACGCGAAGGGUGGAUCAGGCUAUCUUGGACCGGUUCGAGAAGCUUACGGGAAGGAAGCCUCAUUUGCUCUUGAGGAGGGGGAUGUUCUUCUCUCACCGUGACCUCGGCGGCAUUCUCGACAGAUACGAGAAGGGCAAGCCGUUCUUUCUCUACACUGGACGAGGACCAAGCAGCGAUAGCAUGCAUCUCGGGCAUAUGAUCCCCUUCGUCUUCACCAAAUGGCUGCAGGACGUAUUCGACUGCCCGCUCGUGAUCCAGCUGACGGACGAUGAGAAGUUCUUGUUCAAGCAGGAGCUGAAGAUCGAGCAGGUCGAAGGGUUUAGCAGGACGAACGCGAGGGAUAUUAUUGCGUGUGGGUUCAAUCCGGAGAAGACGUUCAUCUUCAGCGAUCUCUCUUUCGUUGGAGGCGCAUUCUACAAGAACGUCGUCCGUAUCGCCCGGUGCAUCACGCUCAACCAAGCCCGCGCCGCCUUCGGGUUCAACGACACGGACAACAUCGGUAAGAUCCAUUUCUGUUCGAUCCAAGCCGCACCUUCAUUCUCCAACUCCUUCCCCCAAAUAUUCGGUACAAAGUCCGACAUUCCCUGCCUCAUCCCCUGCGCCAUCGACCAAGACCCGUAUUUCCGUCUAACGCGGGACACGGCUGCUCGACUCAAGUACCCCAAGCCGGCGCUCUUGCAUUCCAAGUUCUUCCCUGCGCUGCAGGGCCCGCAGACGAAGAUGUCCGCCAGCGAUCCGAACAGCACUAUCUAUAUGAGCGAUACGCAGAACCAGAUCAAGAAUAAGAUCCGGAAACAUGCGUUUAGUGGGGGACAGGAGACGGUGGAGGAACAUCGAGUGCUCGGGGGCAACCCAGAUGUGGAUGUGUCAUAUCAGUAUCUGGGAUUCUUCUUGGACGACGACGAGGAGUAUGCAAAACUUGCAGAGGAGUAUCGGUCUGGUCGCCUAUUGACCUCUGAGCUCAAGAAUAUGUGUAUUGACACACUGCAGAAGUUUGUAAAGAACUUCCAGGAAAGGAGAGCAAAGGUCACGGAUGCGCAGAUUAAUGCGUUUAUGGACGCCAGCCGGAAAAUAGAUCCAACACCGAGCAAGGUGACACAGUAGAGUGAAUGUAGGUAUGAGAGUCGUGCACUGAGUGAGAGCAUCAGAACAGCGUGUCAGGCAGCCUUUUCGUCAGGCUGGUGCGUUCAUGACUCCGCAUACUAUCCUCCAAGGCGAUGGUGAGGGCGUCGUUCUUCUUGCCGAGGUCUGCGUGCGCCAUAGUCAGGUUAUCUAGGUACUUGAUGUACUGGUCUUUCACGGCAAUCACUUCGUUCAUUUGGGCACACUUGUUCCUGUGCAACAUCGUAAGGUCUGCCUUCGCAGUUAUUAUAAUAGCAUUUCCGGCGCAUCGAGCAUCGUUUGUGACGUAUGCAACCUUGUUGAACACAUUGGCGACAAUAAUUUCAGUAAAUUGUUCCAAGAUAUGUCGUAUGCCAGCCAAGGACGAGGCCUUCUCAGAUCCUUCGCCGCCAGUUCCGUCAUCCUCGCUUGUGGCUGAACCUGCAUCAUUAUUCGAAUCACUCCUGCGAGAACUAUAUUUCGGGCUGUUUGCAGUUCGUUCAGCCUGCUGACGGCGAACGCGAUCAAUCUUCUUUUUGGUCGCGUUCCGAUUGGCCGCCUCGAGAGAUACUUUACGCGCUAACAUGGGUCCCGUAGUAGUCUUGCU